AUUUAAAGAAAAUUUCAAUUUUAUUUAACUCUUCCAUUGAGGGGUCGUUGAUAAAUUGAUUCUCAUUAUCUGUACCUUACACUGUAUCGAGAAUCGGUGCAAUUUUCACAGUCUCCAUCUAUGAUUUUUUAAUUGAACUAGAAAAAAUAUGCAUUUGAAAUAUUUUUCAGCUAAUGAAAAUUUUGUUUGUAAUUGUUGAAAGGGUUUCUUAAUUUUUUAAUAUCCUUCAUUAAUUGAGCAUAUGUCUGACAUAUUAUGUCAGUCUUUGCAGUUUAUCAAAAAAUUUAAUUGUACCUUCUCAUCGAAUGAACCUUUAUCAAUUUUAUGAAACAUUGCAACGAUGAUUGAAAUCAGGUUUAUUGCUGAUAUUAAGGCUAAUAAUUCUUCUAACAUGAUCAGAGCUUUUAAAACAAUCUAUCCUCUAGUCACUGUUGAGAUUUCGAUCAAUUAACAUCGCAUUGUUUAAUUUCUGUACACAUCAAAGCUUCAACUGCAACAGUUUUAAUUUACCCACCAAAACAGUUAACAACCUCAAGGACAGCCAAUCACAAGUUUUGUUUUCAAGUUUAUUCGUUUUUUCCAUUUUCUAUUUCAUUUUUUUCAAUUGUUUGAAAUUUGGUUUGUUUAUUUGUAAAUUAAAUUAGUCACCUAACUUAUUUUGCUAUUUAUUUGGUAAAUUAAAAGUCUACUGAUUGGUCCAAGUCAUUUUUACUGAGUGGAUAUCAAAAUAAUAAUGGGCAACAACAACUCUCGAGGUAAAAAAAAUUCUCAGUCUAAUCAAGAUUAUCCAGCUCGACCACAAUCAGCUCCUCUUUAUCCAUCGGAACCACCUCCACCAUAUACACCUACACCACAACCACCUUACCAAGCUCAUUCUAUGGCUUAUGGAAUGAAUCAUGGACCAGCUCCUCCUCGAGGAUAUCCUGCUCAGACCAUUGUUAAUCCUGUUGUUCAUGCUCAUUUCGAUUCAGGAGCUCGAUUUGACGCUAUUAGUAGGCCAAGUAUUCCACCACCACCACCAGGAACAUAUCCCAAUGCUGCUCAAAUGGCAGUUGUUUCUGGACAUAAAGUGAUUUUGGCAAAAAAGAAGACAAGCUUUCUGGGCGAUAAAGGUGCUGGAUACACUUUCUGGUGAACAAUCAAUUGAUUUUGCCUAAAAGUCAAAACAAGCAUUGUUGUCAUAGAUAUAAUCAUCUCGUGGUUGCUGAUCUUAUCCUGUUAAUCACUUACCCGAUGAUUUGAAACUUACAUGAUUAUCAUUUUGAGAUGAGGAAUUUAACGUCAACAUACAUUGAAUCUCACAAAUUUAUGUUGGUUAGCUCUGUCUCAAUUGAAUGAUCGAUUUGAAAGUGGAAAAUGAAUUAGCUUUUGACCUUUUCUAUCAUCUCAAGCGUCUUUUUCAAUGAUUUCAUAAAUGAUUCUUGAUUAAUUAAUUUUUAAGAUCUCUUUUUACCAGAUUCACUGGAUUUUACAAGUUUUCAGCAAACAAAUUCUGAAAAUUCAAUUAAUUGAAUGAGUUUUUAUAUUUUGUCAACAAAAAAACAUUGUAAUGAGUUGAAUAUAGUUUUUUAUUCAUAGAGUUAAAUUGCUCCAAAAUGCUGAUUAUCUUUAAUACUUUGAUUAUAUUUUUCAUUUAUAUCAACUAUAAAGCUGAAUUGAUCAAAUAGAUUGCAUUACUCAGCUUAACUAAAUGUUAUCUCUCAUUGAUAUAUUUGUUGUAUUUCACCUGAUUUGCUGAUUUUUUACAUGUAUGAAUUUAUCUGAGAUAGAAUAUUGAAUUUAUAAAGCAAUCAAAUCUUAAUAAAAUAAUCUGAGAAUCACUGAA